UAGGAGCGCGAUUAUAUUCAAGCUAAGCUUACUAUACCAGUAAAACAAACGUGACAUUUAGGGAAGAGAGUCUCAUGGACAAUUAAAGGUCAAAUGUUGUUGGUAGAUCCACCUGACUGUGAGUAACUUAAAGCUGUUUAUCAACUCAACGCUACCACGUCAACAGCAGACUUGCACUGUCAGGGUUGAAGCACUGACUGCACUAAGCUGUGGCCUCCGACGGUCUGACAAAAUGUUACCUUUUAAGCAUUCUGCACCCAAAUAUGGGUGGUUCACGACAGUUGUUGCCAUGGCUGUCUGCGUUCUAAGCAUUGUUACCAUGGUAACAAUGGUGGUGGUCGUUCUGGAGGUGAGGAACUUGAGAUCAGAACUCCAGGAAACAAAACUGCGUCACAAGGAAGCAGUUCCGGACGGCACAGACUUUGCAGAUCUUCAGGACGCCAAGCGCCCGGAUGGUGAUACCGAGGCAGACCCAGGGAAGGAGAGCUUGACUGGGAAAGAGAACUACCACCGGUCAAAAAGGUCCGCCAAUAGCGUCACCAUGCCCUUUGGAAGCUGCCUGCAGGGACCGCCCGGACCUCCUGGGGUUCCGGGGAGAGACGGCCUACCGGGGCGAGAUGGUACAGGUCAGCCAGGAAGAGAUGGACGUGAUGCCGCACAACCAGGCACGGUCUGUCCUGAGAACCCAGCCUGUCCCAGCGGCUAUGCCAAGUUCCAGGACAGCUGCUUCAAAUUCUCCAGCGACCAGAAGAACUACUCCGACGCCAGGUCCGCAUGUCAGGCUGCCGGCGGGCUCCUGGCUAUGCCUAAAGACGUGGCAACCAACAACUUCCUGGUCAACCAGCUGACCAGGUACCACGAUGGCUCGAACGCCUGGUUCGGCCUGACGGACCUGGCCCAGGAGGGAACAUUUGUGUGGGAGGACGGGACGCUGCUCACCGGCUGGAGCAACUGGUAUCCAGGGCAACCUGACAAUGCUAACUUUGGUGAAGACUGUGCUCUUUGGAAAAAUACUUAUGGCUACAAGUGGAACGAUGAGCCAAUCACCGGUAGUUAUUAUUAUGUGUGUGAAGUCAGCAUAGCCGUUCUCUAGCCCCACAUGACCUAUGUACAGCGAGUCAGAUAUUGAAGUUGGUCAGUUACGUAUGAUUUAGUUCUCGACUUGAUAAUUCUCUCGGCGUUUAAUAAAGAUAUAAGUGUAUUCAGUCAACCUUUGUACCAGGCUAUCCAAGUGUAUAUUUAGUUUAUCUAUGUAAUAAAUAAAAGUAUAAAGUAACAGGUGGGGGCAGAAAGAAAUGUAAACGUGACAUCUGCACUUUUAAUUGACAUUUAUAUUGUAAGUAUUCAUAUGACUAGAAA